AUCCAUUCCAAUCCUUGAACGGGGGCCUAUAAUUUUUCUCGUAUUUCUUUAUAUUUGUUUUUAUCUGACAGAGGAUGUGGUACCUUUGUACCGUGAAUUCAGGUCGAAAUAAUAACAACCUUUCAAUGAUAAUCAUAAAAAUUGGCUUUUCUGAGAUCUACUAGCCAGCCUCGAUCCGCUCAUACAGGAAGUCCGGCUAAAUCUGAAAGCACGAUAGGUGGCGAAGCCAGCUCCAAAACAAGAUACACCCUAGCAAGUUGAACAAACUAACCUCAUUAGUAUUCGACAUCAGUAUCAUGUUAAAUAGCUAUUUCCAAUGGAAGGCUUCGAAGGAUUGUCAUAUGGGUGGAGAUCGCAUUGCCUGAAGAAGGAUUGAUUCUGGAAAGUCUUCGCCACUUACAUCUGUCCGACAGAUCGCUUCGCGUAAAGCGUUGACGUGCAUCGCUGCCCAAGUUGAAUCGAGCAUUAUCUAGAUUAUAGUCAGCUGAAAAUUAAAAAUGAUGCCCGCUGCAGGGGUGUCCCAGGGCCAGGACCCCUCACAGGUUGCAGGGGAGCGAGGCGAGCUUGUGCACAUGUCCUCCAAAGAUAUACCCGGGUCUCCGGAUCCAUCUGAACUUGGAAGCCCACGCUCAGCACCUUGUUUCGACCUCCUAAAGAUGGUCGUGUCGUACAAGCGGAUGACAUUGUUUUUGGAGCCAGUUACAGAUGCAGUGGAGCUGACCCGCUUCCUGCUUGGGUGGAGGAUGCCUGUGUGCUCAAUGCUUGUCUGCACAGUUCUCAACUUCUUCUUCCUCACGCUAAGUGAAGUGGGUUGGUUUUUAGUGAGCGUGCUGGCGGUGUCUGUGCCCGCCUCCCUGGGCUACCUGCAGGACAGGUGCGGGGGCAGUACGUCGGACACGGAGCUUCAAAAUAAGCGCUUUCACGCUGUUCACCGCCGGGACCUGCAGAAGGUGCAUCUUACCAAGCAGGAGGCAAUGCUGGAAGUCAAAGACCUAUUGAAGCAGCUAGAUGACUGGCUGGUUUCUGCCUGCCUGACAGCAGAAUCUCUUUUCAAGGUCCUGUACUGGGACAGUCAUGUGGAGUCCUCUAGGUUCUACGGAGGACUGUUGUUCGGGAUAUGUCUGCUGUACACGGUCCCUGUGGGCUGGGUGCUGGCAGUACUCACCAACGCCCUGUUCCUGUGGAAUCGAGACUUUUGCAGAGUGCUGCUGGGCCUCAGAGGGGUUCUCCACCUGGGCCGGGACCAGGAGUUGGAACAGAAGACGGUGCGGGCAGAACAGGAGCAGGGAAGCCUGCAGGAUAGGACCCCCACCCCCACCAGCUUGGAGGACUUGUCUCCUGGCAGUGUAGAAGAGGCGGAGGAAGCGGAGCCUGAUGAUGAAUUUAAAGAUGCCAUUGAGGAGCACGCUAUUUCUCUGCAGGAGACACCUUUGACCCUAGUGGAGGAUGACGACUGCUCCCUGGGGACCCCAGACUACGACUGUAUCACCGACAACGGCCUGUUGAGCCGCAACGAGCCCAUCCGCAGCAAGGUGUCCAAGCUCACUGAGAAGCUACGCAAGCGCUACCCCACCGCCAGUGCAGGUAACUGUUCCAGCUGCAGUGCGGUUUUCUCCGUGCUCAAGAAAAGGAGGAGCUGCAGUAACUGUGGCAACAGCUUCUGCUCUCGAUGCUGUUCAUUCAAGGUGCUACGCUCCUCCAUGGGAGCUACAGCUCCUGAGGCCCAGAGGGAGACGGUGUUUGUCUGCGCUCCCUGUAACUCCUCCCUCAACAAGGUCCUCUAACAGCGGGACGAGAGCCUCCUGUUCACCGUGGCUGUCGAGGGGUCGCUGGAAAUCCUUUACGCUGUUCUCCUGGCUCUACUUCACCAGUGUUUUUUAAUUUUUUGCAAACCCUUUCAAAUGCCUUUUUAUCUUUGAUGUCACUGCACUUAGUCCGGAAAGGGUUACGUUGGCUUACUGGACUGAGGAACGGUGGAACCUUCUCGGCCUACUAGCUGUUCCUCUAUGUUGUCUCCCUUUAGAGAAGUUUAAGGAGGCCAAACUGGACGUUACUGGUAAAUGUAAUGAUAAAUACUUAACAGUUCUCUUGACAGUCAUUCACAGAACACAGAGCACAGUCUUUUUUGUCCUAUGCUGAGCAAAGGAAUACACACAGAAAUCAGGUGUAGGGCAUAUUGCAAGUCUAGUAUGAAAUAAAAAAAAAAAUAUAUAUUACUGCAACAUGCUUUUACCCACUGUUUACUCAUAACAUAUUUAACUGGCAAUCUUGAUUACAGAUCCCUGUAUAGUAUUGUUAUUGUACUGUAACGCAGACGGAGAAAAUGUAAUGAUGUGGUGGUUAUUAUAACACAACAUUUUUAUUACAGAGGGAAAGUUGUUUUUAUCAAGAUUUGGAGUCUAAUGAAUGUAAUGGUUUGAUAUGCUUUUAUUGUAAUAAUGGAGUGGUCAUAUUGUUUGUGUUUGAUUAUAAUAUAUUUAAUUUAAGAUACUAGUAAAUGUCAAUUCAUUCUUUUCUAUGUUGUGUCCAUAUUUCCCUUACUUAUUUUGCUUUAAAAAAAUAUAAUUUAAUUAUAAAAUACUUUAUGGUGAUUUCUUUCAUCUUUAUUGUGCUAUAUGUUUCCUUUUGCACAUGCAAUGCCUUUUAUUGGCUUUGUUGCCAGUCACCUAAAAAUAAAAAUUGAACAU